AUGUUUUUCACAGAGGAUGAAGUGGAAUUCAAUGCAAAUUUUGAUACAUGGAGUAACAAAUGCUUCGUGACUUCAGGUAACCUCCAUGAUCCUCUUUGCGGAUUUGUUGUGAAAGAUAUUUGUAUUAUUGGUGCAGAGAUUUUUAUUUGUGACUCAAAAAAUGACAAGCAAGUGAAACAGGAAUCUAGCUUAAUUACUUCUCAUACAUCUGGAAGUCAAAUAGUACAAAUGGAAGUUGAAGUUCUAAGACCUAAGCUAGACAAAAGUAAUGGCGAAAAUAUAGGCAAGCUUAUGGAUUUCAAUGAUUUUGGACAAAUUGAAAAGGCGUUAGUUCCAUUGUUAGAUGAAGUUUGUGCUCAGCACCCGUCACUUAUUGAGUGCCAGCAGAAAAGAAGUCAAAAGUUUAGGGAAUGGGCUUUCAAUGCUCUCGGCAGAAUUCUUUAUUUUCUGAAGACUAAAAAGAUGAAAGAUAUGAAUGAUAUUGCUUGUAAUGAACUGCAAAUUUUCUGGGAGGAACUUGAACACUUUGGUUUUGAUUUGUCGUGGCUUGAGCCUCAUGUUCAAUCAGCUUUAGGAAUGAAGGGAUAUUUCAAAAAAUUAGACGAGGUAGAAAAACUAAAAGAUAAUGAGGCACUUCUCGAAUUGGAAAUGAUGAGAUUGAAAGCAAAGAUGGUAGCUCUUGAAGUAAAUUGGCAUGCUGUCAAAGAGUUGGAAGAAGAAGACUUUGAAGAAAAAGAUUUGGACGUUGAACUAGGAUUUGUGAAACCCUAG